CGUUUUGACGUAACGUAAAGUAACGUGAAGUCAAGAUGGCGGCUGUAGACGUGGAAGACGAGAGUAUUUUGGUGUCCGUGUUUAAAGACAGUUUUCCGGAGAACUGGAGAGAAAACCCGGACUUUGCGGCGUAUCUGCUGGAGUUGAGUUCGUACGGAGUUGAAAAGUUAAACCGAGAACCGGAGCGUUUGUCCGAGGAAAGAGCGCAAAUCCUGCAGCAGACGCGCGAGCUCGCUUUCUCCAACUACAAGACGUUCAUCCGCACCGCCGACUGCACCAAGGAGAUCUACCGAGACUUCGGGCGUGUGGAGAGCAGCUUAUCCAAACUCCUCGAUAAACUGCCGAGCUUCGGGGAGAAAUGCAGAGGCUUUGUGAAGGAAGCAGAAGAAAUCGGGGUGAGUCGGCGGAUGAACAGCCUGACACUGAAUCGUCACACAGAGAUCCUGGAGAUUCUUGAAAUCCCGCAGCUGAUGGACACCUGCGUCCGGAACGGCUACUACGAGGAAGCGCUGGAGCUCGCCGUCUACGUGAAGAGGCUGGAGAAGAAGCACUCAUCGCUUCCUGUAAUCCAGGGCAUCGUAAACGAGGUGCGUCAGUCGGCCCAGCUCAUGCUGAACCAGCUCCUCCAGCAGCUGCGCAGUAACUCUCAGCUCCCCGUGUGCCUGCGUGUGAUUGGCUACCUGCGCAGGAUGGACAUCUUCACCGAGGCGGAACUGCGUGUGAAGUUCCUGCAGGCGCGCGGCAGCUGGCUGCGUUCCGUGCUCGCCGCUGUACCCGACGAAGACCCCUACGUUCACAUCACCAAAACCGUCGAGGCCUGCCGAGUGCAUCUCUUCGACAUCAUCACUCAAUACCGCGCCAUCUUCUCGGACGAGGACCCGCUGCUGCCCCCUGCUGAGCAGGCUGUGAACGAGGGCACGAUUUUCCACGGCUGGGUGGUGCAGCAGAUCGCUCACUUCCUUGAGACGCUGGAACGGGACCUCGAGCGCGGCGUGGGAAGCCGUUUGGACUCUCUCCUCGGCCAGUGCAUGUAUUUUGGCUUGUCAUUCAGCCGUGUGGGCGCAGAUUUCCGCGGACAGCUCGCGCCCAUAUUCCAACGCGUCGCCGUGGAUACGUUCAGCAAAGCUGUUCAAGAAGCUGUGGACAAAUUUAAGGAGGAUAUGAAUCUCUAUACGCUCAUUUCUCUGCCGUCGAUGCUCGGGAACACCAUCCCGACCGUGGCCGCCGGCGUUCAGCCUGGCACUCUUCAGCCCCCGAUGGGUUUGCUGGACUUUCCUCCGUUAGCCUGCUUCCUGAAUAACCUCUUAACAGCCUUCAACGACCUGCGACUGUGUUGCCCCAUCGGUUUAGCUGAAGAUGUUGCCAGAUGUGUUGAGGAGGCUCUUCUGAAGGUGACCAAACUGAUCCUGGUUUUCCACAGAGCGGAGGAGUCGGCCUUCAGCAGCCGCGAGCGCGAUUUAUUUGUUCAGUUCUGCUGUGCCUUUGCUGAGGACAUGGUGCCGUUCCUGAACCGAUGUCUCCAGGUUCUCUUCCCACCAGCGCAGCUCGCACAGAUCCUCGGUGUUCCUCCAACCCAAGUUCAUAAACACGGUAACAUCGGGUGCAUCAACGUGAGCGCUGUGCUGGACCCUUUAGACUUCGUCCUGCCUAAGAGAGAGCCCGUGUCCCCGGUGCUGGAUCUUUCCAUUGAGCUGAGCAGCUUGAGUACUGCUGAAGCAGAACCUCCGGCUUCAGUCGAACCUUCAUUAUCAGAGAAAGUGCAGUCUCCUGAAGAGGCAGCACCAGAACCUGGAGCAGAACUGAACCUCCACGUCCAACAGCCUCAAGAAGCAGAACCUUCCCAUAAUUCAGCACAACCCACAACACACGACGUGGAGCAAAACGAUCCAGAAGACACGGCCCAGACCAGCACAGAUGAUCAGAAUGAGCCACUAUAGCCACUUCCUCUAAAUUAAAUGUUUUGGGUUUUUUUUUUUUGCCCUGUAAAUUCUAGUUGAAGUCACUCAACUUGCCUGGGGAAAGUCUUACAU